AUGAAGGCGCCAUACCGAGCGAGCCCUCCCAAGAACAACCACGUUCGUGUGCUGAUAUGCAACUCCGACCCCAAAAAACUCGACGAGGUAUAUGUUAGGUUUCUCGGAAGAGGAGGAGACAAGCUGCUUUCGGAGGAGAGCAAGUGGCUUGCUGUCACUGCGAAAAGUUUCGAUCACGGUCGGCGCGGAUUUAAUGAUCGUUUGGCGUUCUUCGGAAAGCGGAUAGUGGAACUACAGUGCUCUCUUGGGCUACUGAAUGCGAGAGACAGCUCAAAACAUCACCUGAAAGAUCAUCCAAGUUCUCACGGGCGGGAACCCUUUUCGCAUCCCGCCACUGAUGCGAUUGAGGUUCUUUCUGGUGGUGCCAGACACUGGUUCACACAUCACAAACAGCUUUCAACGAUAGCUCAGAGGAAUGGGUUUCCUGAAGUGGUACGGUGGCAUCCAAAAUAUCAAGACAACCUGGAGGCAUCCGGGUCCGAUCUGGUUUACUCACAGGCACUGAUGGCAGUUAUUGGGGCUCUGGCACUGGAACAGGGCAGCGCGGUCGCAAACCGCAUAGCCCGAGAGAAGAUAUUAUUUCCUCUGGGAUUGAAGGAAGCUACGAAUGAAAAGCUAGAGGUUCCACAGCGGUGA